AUGGAGUCAUACCUACAACAGGACAAGUUCGACACAAAAAUACUAAGGAAAGUCAGCACUUUGGUGAAGAAAAAUUUCAAAAACGCAGAAACAAGGUCGUCAGAAAAGUUACAAGACGAGCUUGAUAAAAUUUUUUUCCGAACGCUGCGAACACACAACGCGCAGCAAAAAAAUCCGCCACAUGAAGAAGUACCAAAAAAAGCAACAGAUAGUAAGUUUAAAGAACCUAUCAAAAGACAGAACGGACAAAGAAAAAGUGGAAAAAAGAAAGAACGUGGUAAAGAAGUAGUUAAGGAAAUUGCACUACCUGAAUCAGUUGAUCAACAGCCGAUCGUAAAAAAUUCAAGGGGUGUAUGUGCAACAUCACGUGACAUAAUGUUUUACGAUAUACCAGCGCGGUAUAGUGAAAGCGAAGUUGUUUCAGCAAUUAAAAAUAUAGGAAAUGUAAAUAGGAUAAGAAUUAAAAAACACUACAAAUACCAAUCGGUAAGAGCUGAAAUUAAUUUAUUCGAGGAAUACGACAGUAAAUUUGUUAGAGAUACAUGGAAGGUACAACUUUUAAUUGGAAAUAGUGAAAAAAGACAAACUGCGAUACAAGUUCGUUGGUUUCCAGGACAAAGUACGGUUAAAUCUAUAAAAGAAAAAUGUAAGUGGAAGGCAUACAAAAUAAUUCAUUCAAGUUAUUAUAAAGACAUAGCUAGAAAAAAUUACUCUUUUGAGUACGGCAAAAUGGCGCGUUUUGGAAAAAAUUCAGUAUUUCUUGCAUACUUUAAAGACAAAGAUCAGUUGGACGCAGCUAUGGCAUUAGACAAAGGAACAGACAAUACUUGGAUUAUUCAUGGUAAGGGUUUGGGCAAACAACCGGCAGAGAUCUCAAAAAGGGACUCAGGUAUUGAUUUGGUCAGCACAAAGCCAAGAAAUAAUGGAAAAGCAACGCCUGCAAUAAAACAACAAGCUAUGGCCAUGUCAUCAACAAAUAUAGAUAACGUUAGUACAGACGAGAUGGUUGACGUAAUAAAUAGAUAUAGGAAAAAUUUUUUAGAUGAAUUUCCACAAAACAUUGCGUCAACACCAUUAAAAGAUUAUGCCACGCCAGAAAAAGUUGUAGACAUCGUUUUGGAUUUACGAGCUGAAAUAAACAAAGAAUUGUCACAAGAUGAAAAAGAUGAUGAAAAAUGGAUUGACCGAUGUAGAAAUGGAUAUGCCGUGCUAGUUGCGGAUUUAAAAGAUAGAAAGAAAAAGCUGGAGGAAGCAAGGGUAAAACGUGAUGCGCUACAAAAACAAGUGGGCGAAGCUCAAAAUAAAGAGCAAGUAACAAAACCCACUGAAAGUGUUAAACAGGUAUCACCAAUAGAAUUACACGAGUAUGAAUCAAUAAAUGAAACAUGUAGCAAGAGGCUAGAUAAAAAAAAGAAAGAACCAAUUUUUACUCCAGAGUAUAUAGCGCGACUAGAUGGGACGUUCGAUACUUACAAGAAGGUCUUAAAAGAAGCAAAAGAAGCUGCAGAACAACGGAAACGUUUACGAAAGAAACAAGGUGACCGUAUAAUGGAAGAAGAAGGGAUAGAAAGUGAUAGUGAUGAAGAUGAAGAAGAUCAAGUGGUGGUAAGUAUAGAAUCGAACAACAAAAGAGGAGGUAAACCAGGUAGUCGUGGACGAGGCAGAGGAGGUAGACGUAGAUUAGUUAAAAAGAAGUAG